CAAAACAGCAUGCAAGGAGACAUGGGUUGGGGAUCUCUAACAGUCCUGGCGCUGGCAGCGUCCGGGGCAAAUGCGCUACUGCGUUUCUCCUGCUCACAGCUGGUGGUUGAGCGUCUGGACCCCUUGGUCAACCCCGGGCUCGCCCCUUCACCCCAUCUGCACCAGAUCGUCGGCGGUAAUGCCUUCAACACGACCAUGGACCCCUCAACACCCCCGCCGUCGCUGGCAACCUGCACGACAUGCACCUUUGCCGACGACUUCUCCAACUACUGGACCGCAGUCCUAUAUUUCCGCUCCCGCAACGGCAGCUACAUCCGGGUCCCCCAAAAGCCCAACGUCGGGUUCGAGCAAGCCCGCGGGGGCAUGACCAUCUACUACAUCCCUUACAUCGGCAGCACCAAGUCGAGCGUGACGGCCUUCAAGCCCGGGUUCCGGAUGCUGAUCGGAUCCCAAAGUUCACGCACACGCGAAGAAACCUCCCGCUUCCGGCAGCUGACAUACACGUGCCUGCAGAACAUGCUGACGCGCACGGGCGAGACGCUCGACAUGCCCAAGAAGCCGUGCCCCGCGGGCAUCAUGUCCAACGUCCGCUUCCCGACCUGCUGGGACGGGAAAAACCUUGACUCGCCCGACCACAUGUCCCACAUCGCCUACCCCAGCAGCGGCACCUUCGAGUCCUACGGGCCCUGCCCCAGCACCCACCCCGUCAAGAUCCCCCAGCUGUUCUACGAGGUCAUCUGGGAUACCACCCGCUUCAACAGCAAGGACCUCUGGCCUGAGGAUGGCUCCCAGCCCUUUGUGUGGAGUCAGGGCGACAAGACUGGGUUUGGGAACCAUGGCGAUUAUGUCUUUGGUUGGAAGGACGACGCUCUGCAAAAGGCCAUGGACAGCAACUGCGACCGGUGUCCGCAGCUCAAGUCACAGUCCAUUGCUCAGGGGAACCAAUGCACUCGCCCCGUGCAGGUUCACGAGCAGAUUGAUGGCUGGCUCGAUGCAAUCCCGGGCUUGACGCCGGGUUUGGAGGACCAGAUGUAGACGUAGGUUGAAGUCAUUGUGGGUUCAAGCUAUGAAUGGAAGCGGGAGUUUUCCCUGGAGCUGUGGUGUUGGUAGCAGUAUCUCUUCAGUGUUAUGUCAGGAUUAUCAGAUUAUUGGAAACUU